CUGUGCCAGCCGGACCGGCGCGCCCGCCGCGAAGGAGGUCAGCCGAGUGACACGGCCGUCCGUCGGCGGCGGCCGCUCAGUCCGCGCCCGUCGUCCGCCGUCCGAGCACCUCUCCUCCUGCUCCUCUCCGUCUGUGCCCGCCGCCGCCAUGCUGCUGCCCGCCGCCGCCCCCGCCCUCGCCAAGCAGUGCCGCUGCGAGUCGUGCUGCAAGUGCGACAACAAGUGCGCCGUUCUGCAGCAGGAGGGCAGCGGCCAGUAGGCGGACAUGCCGCCCGGCACACGCCCGCACUCGCCGCGCCACAGACCGCCGCCGGAGAGCCGCCGCCGGAGGCAGCAGCACCAUGAGGCUGCUGAAGCUGGCUGCGCCGGCCGUGCACAGUCUCUUCUCGUGGAGGCAGGAGGAGCCGGAGCCGGCCUGCCCUGCGCCGCCGCACGAGACCGCCACACCCACCCCCGAGACUACUAAGUCGCCACUGUCCACACCCAAACUCGGUUUUGCAAAAACUUGGAGCAAGAAGCGGAACCGUCGACGUCAGGAGGAGCGCUCAGCGGCCGGCACCGGAGACGAUUCCGGCCCGGAGAGGCCGGGUCAGAGCUCGACUCCGGGCCCGGCCUCCGGACCCGCGGCCAGCCCGGGCCCGGCGGAGGCCCGCUGUCGCGCCAACCGCGGCCACCGCGGGCCCGUCAUCCGCGUGCAGUCCAUCCGAGACUUCUUCCGCGGCGGAAAACCCGCCGACAGCGACGAAGCCAAGGAUGACAGCCCGCCCGCGGACGUUUCGGGCGGCGGACCGGCCUCGCUGGAGAUGCGCUCCGUCUGCAAGAGCUCGUCGGUGCUGUACCUGGCCUGUCGCGAGCCGUGCUCGUCAGUCACCAUCGACGGAGGCGCCGGGGUGACGGUGACCACCACGGGCACGGCCAGCUCGCCGCCGCCCGCGCACCGGUUCCCGUACGCGUUCAUCAAGUCAUCCAGGAGAGACGAGCGACCGGUGGACUCGAUCAGCGAGCUGGCCGAGCCGUGGGACCUUCCGGAGGCCACCUCGUCGCCGGUGGGCUCGCCUUCCGGGUCGCCGGUGCCGCUGCUGCCGGCGCCGUCCGGCUUCCAGGACAGCGACGACGAGCCGCCAGUGACGGUUAUCCACCGCCAGACGGCCAGCGACGCCAGCGAGGCGGUCAGCGAGGCGGGCGAGGCGACCAGCGAAGCCGGCGGACACCGGCCGGCCGCCAGCGACAGCGGCAAGGACUCGCUGGACUCGGACAGCAGCGACGCCGCCGCCGGCGACAACCUCACCGACGAGGAGAAGCUGUCCCCGUCCGGCGACGCCGCCGACUCAGGCUGCGAAGAGGCCUCGUCACGGCUAAUGGUCGCAUCGUCACCCCUCCCCCGCUAUCGGAAACGGCACAGCCGGCGAGCCACCUCGCUCGACCGGCGCCUGCUGCUGCGGAAACAUCAGAGCGCGCCGCACGCGGCCGCCAGUCUCGCGCACAAGCAGUUCAAGCUGAUGCGGCUGCGGCGCGACAACACGGGAGAGCUCGGCAUGUACAUCGGCAACAAGCAGACGGCCGAUGGGCGCACCUCGGGCUACGUGAUCGUGCAUGUAGUGCCCGGCAGCGUGACCCACAGAGAUGGACGCUUCCGGAUUGGUGACGAGCUCAUCAACGUGAACGGCACGCGUCUGCGCGGGGUGUCUCUGGAGCAGGCGCGCGCCUGCCUCAGCCAGGCCCCCAACGAGGUGGACAUUGUCAUCGCCCGCGACCCGGACAGCGCCAUCUACGAGCACGGCGACGAGGCGCAGCUGCAGGACUCGCUCGACUCGGGCUGCGUGGCCGCCGACACCGACUGCGACGACACGAUGAGCGACGUGCCGGAGCUGGCCGAGCGGCCCGAGUCGUCCGUCAGCCUGGCCUCCACCUGCUCGAGCGUCACCUCGGCGUACAGCCUGCCGGCGCCCGGCCGCAGUCGGCGACACUCGCUCUACGACCCGGCCGCCGUGGGCCGCCGCGCGCGCCUCUCCCAGGCCGCCAUCCUCACCGUGGCGCUCGGAAAGGGCACCGGCAAGAAGAGUCUCGGCUUCAGCAUCGUCGGAGGUCGCGACUCGGCCCGCGGCAACAUGGGCAUCUUCGUGAAGACCAUAUUCGAGGGCGGACAGGCAGCCGAGAGCGGCGAACUCAAAGAAGGUGAUGAGAUCAUGGCGGUGAACGGGAUUCCGCUGUUCGGGCUCUCCCACCCGGAGACGAUCCACAUCUUCCGACAGUACCGCUCACAGGAGAUCACCCUGCACAUUGCGCGCCGCGAAGGUCGUCAGAAGCGGCGCGGUUCGCUGAGGGCCGGAUGUCCGAAGAAGAUCAUGGCUCGUCGCCGCCGCCGCCGCAUGACCUUACACGAGUGCAUGACCUCCGCUCCUCCGCACGCUGUCUUCGCAUGCACCACCACCACCCGGCUCUAGCCCAGGCAGUCGAGUGAGCGGUGGCAGGGCCCAGUCGUGCGACCAUCUGGAGACGCUGCCGCAGACGCCUGCUUGAGGACAUCCAGACCUGCUUCACCGCUGGAUCCAGAGGCUCUCGACCUGCUUCAUCGCUGGAUACGGAAGCUCCGGACCCGCUCCAGACCUGCUCCGUUGCUGGCUCCAGGGUCUCCAGAUCUGCUUCAGUGAUGGUUCCUGAGGCUCCGGGCCCGCUCCGAUGCUGGCUCCAGAAGCAACGGGCCAGCUCCGAUGGCGUACCCCGAGACUCUAGACUUGUGGACCCGGACAUCUUCGACAGCUCCUACGAAGACUCGGCCCUGCCGACAUUGGUGCUUUUACUUGACGGACGACGGCGCUCGAUCUAUGGGGAGGCAGCACGAUGGCGUUGAAGUCUCGAAAGCAGACGUAAUAUUUUGCUAAUGUAAGCUCUUAAACAUUCCAUAACGGCCCAGUGUGGUUUGACCUCAGUCUCUGAGGUCUAGCCUCUCUGAAGCAGGUUGAUUAUUCCCGAUGAAUAUUCCAUGCUGUUGCAAGAUGUCCUCUUUGAAAAGCAAAAUGAUCCGCAUAUCAGCCUGAUAUGACCCUCCAAUCGUUGAAUGUCGACUGAAAGGAGUUGAUGCGAAGCCGACCCGAGCGACGAGUGACACUAUCCGGAACAAUUGAAAACGAGUGACGACAUCGCUUCAGACCGGCUAAAAUAGUGCUAACCGAGAGACAAUGGGUGUGAUUCAGUGGCGAAAAGAGUGUGAUAAUUGACCACAAACGGCCGAGGACAGAUUGAGGUGGGCUAUAAGACAGGACGAAACUCACGUGUUAAAACGCUGCUCCGUGUGCACAGCUUUGCGGCUUCAAAGUUUGUUAUCGGUUACUUGGUACGCAAAAGUUUUGCUAUGUAUGAGACUCAUGUAUACUCUUGGUCCCUUGCGAUUUCACGAUAAAAGUGUCUUACCUGGUUUGAACCCGAAUUGGCUUGAGCAAAUGUCCAAGUGUCUGACGAUUUGCCAAAUAAGCACGGAGUUUUGAACUUUACGGUGCUGGUGCCUUCACGACUAUACGACCCAGUUCUCGAAAGCAAAGCAUGUGAAGAGGACUCUCGACAGUGAAUGAAGCUUCCGAAUGAGGGAGAUUUGAACGGUUUUGCACUGCAAAAUGCUUAUAAUAGUUGUUACGUUUCGGUGACUAUGCAAGGGUUUUGUACUCAGCUAUGCUAAGUUACUUACAUAAGCAUUAUUUAUUAUUUGGGAUGGUAUGUUGCGAUGAGAGUCCUCUGAGCGUUGAGUGAUUGAGCUGAGAAUCUUUUGAGUGUUGAGUGCGCCCUUGCGGGACGUCUUGUAUGAUGUGGUGAUGUGUAUGAUCAUCUAUUUUCCAGUCUCGCACAAUGUAGCAUAACCCAUGUAUCACCAGCAAUCGAAUAUAUAAAAUCAGAGUUG